GGUUAGGUUUAAUGAGAACCACUGAACGGAGCAGUGUGUAUCGUAAAGAAAACAAUAUUUUCUGUUGAAAAUUCGCGACUAACAUAAUUUCGUGAAUAUCGUAGGUUAAAAUCGUGAAAAAAUGCCUGGCGGUAUAAAGCAUCGUUCGAAUUCCCAAAUUAUAGUUUGGUUUCAAAAUCUAAUGCGAGGUGCAAAAUCCAGAACUACACCACUUCGUUUUGCAGAUUGUAUUGCAGCCCGCACUCAACCACCACCCAAUCUCCCAGAAGGACCAUAUCACAAAACUUCAAAAAUAUAUUACUUUGUACGAGAUGCAAGAAGAGAGGUAGAACCUCCUCUUCUUAUCUCGAAAGCUAAACAAAUCACUGCAGGAGGCGAGGUAUCGGCGAAACCGAAACUUCUUACACCUGGCAAGGUUUGGUCUUGGGACUAACUGUCAAAUGGUAUUAGAACGUGACUGUUCUAAAUGCGAGUCAUGAUAGUGUGGACUGGGUAGAAGAAUGUGGAUGUGACGUAAGUGGCUGCAAGACCAUAAUAGUAUAAGACCUUGUAAAUGCUAUACUGAAUUAAUAAAUAGAAUCUAUACAUAUUUAUUAAAUUAA